AUGUCUCACCUCCAGUACUACGCCUACGAGAAGUUUGGAGUCCGCCAGCGGGAGGUGGUGGGCUACAGCCAGGCUGUGCGCGUCGGGGAUCGGAUCGAGGUCGCGGGACAAGGUGGCUGGGACCCCGACACCGGGGUUUUCGAAAAGGAAAUCAACGCCCAGAUUGAUCUGGCCUUUAGCAACGUCGACCGAGCCUUGAAGGACGCCGGGGGCAAGGGCUGGGAGCAAGUGUUUCGAAUUAACUCCUACCACCUCCCUCUCAACCGGGAGGCCGAAGAGGCCAUGGUGCGCAACCUGAAGAAGUGGAUGCCCAAUCACCAGCCCUUGUGGACGUGUAUUGGCGUGGCCCGGCUGGCCGAGGACGACAUGAGGGUGGAAAUUGAGGUCUCGGCUCACGAUCCCGAGGGAGCUGCCACGGCCAAGGCUAGCAAGUGA